CGGAGGCAGUACAAAGCGUAUUUAAACGAAACAGAAGUGAAGUAGAAGUGUUGUCAGGAGGAGGCAGCAGGAAAGGUUGCGUCUCUCUACAUGGCUCUGGACUGCAUGCUCUAGGAUAUUUAAUUUACGUGGAAACUAGAUCCACUCAAACAAGGCUAAUAUCCGAGUCUGCCGUAAACUACAAGUCCUACGUGUCAGUGAGGCUACCGUGAAUGGCAUGAUGUCGGCUGAGAAUCGAACAUUUGAAAAUGUGAAAGCUGUUAUUUUAUCAGCUCAUAAGAAUACAACAUCAAGCAAUAAAAUCACCUUCUACGACAACUGGGCAGAAAACUAUGAUCAGGAUGUGGCUAUUCUGGACUUCCGUGCUCCGAGUCUAGCAGUGAAGAGCAUCGACUCUCAUUUCGCUGGUGACCGUGAAGCAGCUGUGGUGUUGGAUGUGGCCUGUGGUACCGGACAGGUCGCCAAGCUGAUGAAAAGACAUGGAUUUCGACAUUUCGUGGGCAUUGAUGGAAGCAGAGGUAUGAUGGAGCUGGCUAAAAAGACAGAGCUCUACCAGGACCUCAAGCAGUGCAUGCUGGGAGAGGAGCCACUACCUGUCCAAUGGGGGUCAUUUGAUGUGGUUAUGAUCACCGGAGCAUUGAGUAUGGGUCAAGUUCCUGUCGGGGUAGUCAGAGAACUGUGCAAGGCCACCAAACCAGGUGGCUACAUUUGCAUGACGACAAGAAGUAACUAUGACAAUUUGGAAUACAAAGCAGCCUUGGAGUGUGAGCUGAAGCGAAUGGAGGAAGAGGGGCUCUGGGUUUGUGUAGAUAAAACUGAGGUGGAGGAUUGGGAGAAAGCAGUGUCAGAGAAGGAGGAGGGAUACAUAUCUGGUUGUCUCUAUGUCUACAAGACACUGGCACCAUAGCACAAUGCAGCACAGUGUAGAGGUGACAUCCCAACAAAUACACAUUGGACUUGUCAAAUGGUAAGGAAAGAUCAUGUAGUUAUAUGACACAUAAUUAAAAUACAGUGCAUGUGUCAGUUCACUGAUAGUGAAAGAACAUGAUAUCAGCCUCUGCUAUUAGCUUGUAGUUGAGUUGGCAGGAGGGGCAAGUCUGUGUCCUUCAGGGAGCCAGACAGAUGAAAUCACAUUCAUAAAAACAACAAAUUAAUUAGGUCUAUGUAGCACUGUGGGACUGUACAAGUUGGUCGUAUCAGCCCAAAGCCAAACAGCUCUCCAACUUUAGAAGCUUGUGUUUUGUGUUUGCUGUCGUGGUGUAAGGAAUGUCUGAGCCAAACCUUUAAGCCAAACUAUCCUGUUUAAAGAUGAUCAUAUUUUUAUGUGACUGUUUUGAUAAAAUCUUUUAUGUAUCGUUUUAUUCUGCACUCUUUAAACCUCAGUAAAACAGUAAAACCUGCAACGGUAACGGUAAAACCUGCAAUGGUAAAACCUGCAGUUUUACAACAAUGAACAACAACAAUGAAAAAAGCAAGUACUGUUCAAGAUGAUAGCAAACAUUUGUUCCUGCGAUUAAAAUCUGAUGGAUUAAGCACA